GGGUUAUCUGUUUGUUUGCGUAUAUCUAAGUACGAAGAUCGUAAAAUACAAAUCUGGAUUAAUACAGUUGUGUUUUUCAAUUACUGUUUUUAGAGAAAAUCAUUUCAAUGGCCAUGUGUGGCAAAAGAUGAUACUGCUUUGAACGGAGAUUAUUUUUAAUAUCACCUGCAAGAAGAGUGGAAUCAUGUAUAUUUUAUUAUUAUUGUGCAUUGCACUUCAAAGAAUGUCUUUACUCACUACUGAGUAACUCUUUAUCAAAUAAUAAAAAUAUGCUGUUAAAUAUUAGUUAACAACUGAUCUCAACUAUAGAACUGUGAUAUUUAAAAAUAACAUUUAAAUAACACUAGUUGAUAGUAAUUAUAUGUCCCUAUCUACGUCAAACGCGAGGAUUACCACAAAUGUCCGGAGUGACCUAGUUAUGAGUUCAAGGUCACGUGUCUCAAAGUCACAGAUAUGCUUGUGAUAACCUACAAUAACAGUAUCGACGAGGUCACAAGUGAAGAUGACUUUGACAAAAUUGAAGUGCUGUCAUCACAAGUUGAAAUCGUCGACGAAUUCUUCCUCGUCCCUAUAGCGAACCUGAAGGAAAUGGAAGUCGAAAUGCUGGACCGGAAGGAGUGUGAAAGAAAGCGGAUCGCACGUGCAGUGGCGCUAGUUUCCGCUAUCCUCUUCCUGGUCAGUGUUGCUUUAGUUACGGUCUCUCUCUAUAUGGCUAAAGACAUUGAUGCAAUGGUUCGCUACUCCAACGAAAUGUUGAAAAACAUAACGACCGGAUGGCCGAGACGUUUAGUGACGUCAAGCCUGAUGUCAAUAUAAACCUUUAACGUUUGAUGUGAAGACUAAGCGACAAUAUUCCAUCUAGCAACGAUUCAACAAACCAGGUUCACCGUAUAUGCACUGGCAGUGGCAUUUGCAGACGAACUGGAAUGUGAUAUCCGCACAUUGGUGAUUUAUGCGCUCACUUUAAUAAAUAUUUAAUUCAUUGGCAUAACUAUUAGUGAUAUCUGAAACAUUCCUUCGUGUCAUGAUUGCGAAACCAUUUGUACUGUUAACAACAAAACACAGAUGUUUGUUUAGUCCAAUGUUUUAAAAAUGUCUCUCUUAUUUUUCCUGAUUUCAAAAAAUGGCAAACUCUUUAUUAUGAUAUGUGAUUAUUUUUUAUUCUUUAUUUCAAGUAACACUAAGCUGUUUUAUA